AUGCAGAUGAUUCAAGGCGAUUAUAAUCAAGCAGGCCAUGUCGUGGCGUCUAGUUCGGAAGGGGCGCUGCCGGCUUCCUCAGCAGAAGCCCACUUGAGCUCUCUGCUUUACAACCUCUCUCUUCUCAAGGACAAGGUUCAUCAGGUCCGGUCGCUGGUCGCCAUCCUGGUCGGGUCCGGUCGAGGCCAGCCUGAGUCAACGCCCUUGGCCUUGGCCAGCAUCGGAAGCCUGAUUCAAGAGAUCAUAGGGACUGCAACUUCCAUGAUGUUCUUUUGCCAACAGAUGACCCUUCUCAGUCCGCGACACCUUCAGGUACUACUACCAAUAACGAUAACAACAACCAUCCUCUCGUUCAUGAGCAGAGCUCUCUUGAUUGGUAUGGCGCAAGUAGCUUUAUCAAUUACAACGGCAAGAAUGAAAGCCAACGUUCGAAGUAUAGUGAAAAAUGGAGGGCCGGAUCAAGAAAUGAGAGAAUCGCCUCAGGUGGGUCACCAGAAAGAUGAGAAGCCACGAGCUCACCACACGCUGAGCGGCAAUAGUUAUGAUAUUAUCGAACUGAACGCGGAAGAUUUGUUGGCGAAGUAGCACUACUGCCAAAUCUGCGGGAAAGGGUUUAAGCGGGACGCGAACCUGCGAAUGCACAUAGCUCACGGGGACGAGUACAAAACCAGCGCCGCUCUAAGCAACCCCGAAGAAUACAGUUUGAGGCCGAAGAAGUACUCGUGCCCGCAAGAGGGUUGCCGGUGGACGAAGCACCCCAAGUUCCAGCCUCUGAAGUCCAUGAUCUGCAUCAAGAACCACUACAAGAGGAGCCACUGCCCCAAGAUGUUCGUGUGCAAGAGGUGCAACCGGAAGCAGUUCUCGGUGCUGUCUGAUCUGAGGACGCAUGAGAAGCACUGCGGGGACGCCAAGUGGCAGUGCAGCUGCGCCACCUUCUCGAGGAAGGACAAGCUCAUGGGCCACGUCGCUUUGUUCGUCGGCCACUCACCGGCCUCAUCGGUCGACCUGAUGAACCCGGCAAGACUAGUUCAGCAGAAAGUUACCCACCAUCAUGCAGUUACAUGGUAUUGCUUAUGAUAGGGGAUGAGGGUUGGCAGGUGUAGACAUGUAGCGGAGUCAUCUGACCUAGGCACACGAGCAUCUUCACACGAGCAUCUUCCGUCGGCAAAAGAAGGGCCGGAACUGAUGCAGCAAACAGUUCAUACGUGCACAAGAUCAUCGGACACGCGGUGAUUGGCGUUACUUCUUCUGCAAGGAUAAAAUUAACCUGUAGAUAGCAGUUUUCUGGUGUUUGGGACUUUAGCGCAUGAAAUGAUGCGGGGCAGCAUAUCCCAUGUUAUCAUCUCUGGAAGUGAGAUCGUUGAUGUCGCCGACGAUCAACCGUUAUGUUUUUGUCUGUAGUUUGCAAGAAACAAUGUAAGAUUCCUGUUAGCUGUGCUUGAGGGCAUGAUGCCUCUGGGAUCUCAUGUAACAUAUGAACUUCACUUUAGUUCUCUUUUCUGUCUUUUGGGAAGAGCCAAGGUGCAAGAGUAGAAUAUCAUAUGCAUGUUGAUUUACCAACUUCUUCCCUACCCAAUUUGAAUUUCCUCCA